AUGAACCCUCCUGGAUUUCAGGGUGGCCUUAAUCCCGUUUUAGCUCAUGAUUUUCUUUCUGAGAUGGAAAUAGUAUUUCAAGUGGUACAUUGCACCGAAGAAGACAAAGUUCUUUUUGCCCCGCAUAUGACGAAAGGCCCGACAACUAGGUGGUGGGCUAAUGCUAUAACCCACAUGAAGGAGUUCGAGUUUCAACUACUUUGUCAGGGUAAUAUGUAUGUGGCAGAGUAUGCCGAAAGGUUUGAAGAAAUGGUUGCUUACUCUAGACAAGUUGCCUAUGCACCAGAUGAAAAAUGGAAGAUAGACCAAUUUAUGUUCAGUCUUAGAGGAGAAAUUGAGCAUAAUGUAGCCCAACGGGAGUUCGGUACUUAUGCAGAAUUGUCAAGGAAAUGUUACAUUGUCGAGUAUAAUUUGAAGAAGAUUCAUAUAGAAAGAGAGCAAGCCAACCCACUUCAGAUAAAUUCUAGUAAAGUUGUUUACCAUUUGAAACUAAGAGGAGUGACAUCCAAAGGGAAGCAAGUCCAAAGUGUUGGAUCAAUGUCACCCCAACAAUGUAACAUUUGUAAUAAGUUUCAUUUUGGAAAAUACAAAAUGGGAGCAUGGAGAUGCUAUUGUUGCAAGAAGAAAGGCCACACGACAAGAGAUUGCCCUAACCUAAAGGCUAAACAAUAUUCUGAGUAA